CAGAGAGGAGGAGGGUGGUAGUGGAGUUGCACUUUCCAGCUAUUCGGAUGCACCCCCGGAUAUAGGCCAAAAAACUAAAUUAGCAACACGCGGUCCAAAGGUCUGCCCAAGGCACCACCUUCAAAGUGCAUUUUGGAGGUUCGGCCCACAGGCAUUCUGCCACUGUUUUGGUCUGUUGCCACGGCGACUGGGCUGUGGCUCAGAUUAUUUGGAGGAGAAGAGAGGAGACAACACCAAGUCCGGUCCUUUGCACCGACUCACAGAUGGAAGCCCGGGAUCGCUCCCCCGUCCUGGACGAAGCGCAGCUGGACAUCCUGGGGGGCCGUAGGGGGAGGAGGGCGGUGCCCCUAUGGGAUAGACUGAAAGCCAGGAGCUGGUGCUCUGGCCCCAGGGUGAAGCGUUGCGUGUUGGGGUGCGUUCCUGUCCUCUCCUGGCUCCCACGUUACUCUUUUCGGGAAUGGGCGGCCGGGGACUUGGUCUCUGGCAUCAGUGUGGGCAUCAUGCACCUGCCUCAGGGUAUGGCGAAUGCCCUGCUGGCCAAAGUCCCUCCCGUGUUUGGGCUCUACUUCUCAUUCUACCCUAUCUUGGUCUACUUCAUUUUCGGGACGUCCCGCCACAUCUCAGUGGGUACUUUUGCCAUUCUGGCCAUCAUGAUUGGCACGGUGACGGAACACAUGGUGUUGCCGGGGAACAGGACUGAAGGGGUGUCGUGGGAGAGGCUCGACGGUGACGGGGAUGCAGCCAGAGUGGAAGUGGCAUCGCAGCUCACCUUUCUGUCAGGACUGAUACAGGUGGCGCUGUGGCUGCUGGGGGCGGGCGGUGUGUCCCGCUGGCUCUCUCGCCCCCUGGUGAGGGGCUACACCACUGCAGCCGCCCUCUUCGUCGCCGUGCACCAGCUGCCCCUGCUCACGGGCAUCAGGGUGGGGGCGCAGUCGGGGGUUUUCUCCAUCGGCCGGACUCUGGUCAGCAUAUUGUCACGUGUGACUGAAAUAUCGUUUGAGACUCUGGCGGUCUCUGCAGUUUCCAUAGCAACGCUUAUGGGGGGCAAAAUGCUGAACAGUCACUUCAAGACCCAGCUACCCAUACAAAUACCCUGGGAGGCUGCCUUGAUUGUCCUGGGCACAGUGAUGUCUGUGCAGCUGGACCUGUCAGGACAAUACACUGUGCAGACUGUGGGACCGAUACCCACCGGGCUCUCGCUCCCCGUGCUCCCCAGGUUCUCCUCCUUCGCUCUGGUGGCAGAGCUGUUUCCUCCUGCCCUGGCCCUGGCUGUGGUUGGCUAUGGAUUCACCGUCUCCAUGGGAAAGAUGUUUGCCUUCGAACAUGGCUACAGUGUAGACAGCAACCAGGAGCUGGUGGCCUUGGGUCUCAGUAACUCGAUUGGGGGGGUGUUUCAGUGCUUUGCCAUCAGCUGCUCCAUGUCCCGCAGCGCAGUCCAGGAAAGUACUGGAGGGAAAACACAGGUGACCAGUGCUGUCUCCGCUCUAAUGAUUCUGAUCGUCUUGUUAAAGAUUGGGAGCCUCUUCGAGCAGCUGCCUAAGGCAGUGUUAGCUGCAGUCAUCUUGGUGAAUCUGCAAGGAAUGUUUGGACAGUUCAGAGACAUUUCAGUUCUCUAUGCCUCUGAUUUGCUCGUAUGGGGGGUGAGCCUGGUUUCCGCUCUUCUGUUCAACCUGGAUAUGGGCCUGGUUGCCGCUCUGGCCUUCUCCCUCCUGACUGUUGUCUUCAGAACACAAAACGCCGACUACACUCUCCUUGGACGUAUCCCUGGAACAGACUGCUACAGAGACCUCAGACUUUACUCUAAGGCAAAGCAGAUUCCUGGGGUGGCCAUAUUCUCCUGCUCCAACCCACUCUACUUUGCCAAUGCUGAUGUGUAUUUCGGCAAUCUGAGAGAGGCUGUAAUUCGGGGAAGAGAAGAGAAUUGUUGGCAUGAGUACGGUGGGGGCCAGGAGGCCCGGGAUCGGUACUGCGUGAUCCUGGAGUUCAGCGCCGUCCUCUUCAUGGAUGCAGUGUGCAUCAGUGCGCUGAGCAGAGUGCUGCAGGAGUGGAAGGACCAGGGCACUGUGGUGUUUAUGGUGGGCUGUCCGGACACAGUGAGGUCCCAGCUCCAGAGGCAGGGGAUUGUUCCGGAUCUUCUCCCCUGCUCCCACCUCUUCCCCUCUGUCCACCAUGCUGUUCAGCGAUACCAGGACCCUGACAGAGAGCUCUGCGAUUUAACCUGACCUCUCACAUCACCUUUGACCUGUGACCUCUGAGAAUAUGAAAACAAGCCAGCAUUGUUGGAGG